GUAAACCCUAAACACUACAUCACAAUGACAGCAGCAAUAUACUUGUAUACAUUAUGCCUGAAGGACAUCUAAGUGAGUAUCCUUUGCUUGGCUGGGAAGAAAAUUUAUGUUGUGUUCCUUCUGCAACUCUUUGUGCUAAGACUCUUUCAGGUUGCGGUGACGGAGUUGUCAGAAGAGGCCAUAUUCUGUGUCGCCACAAUGAGGCUCACCUGCAGGUAGGAGAGCACUUCUUCUUUUCUUCCAACUCUUCUUUCCUACAGGCUUCCCACACUUCACUGUACCUGAGGGGAGAGUCGCCUGCAUUUGGACUGUGCUGCUUUAGGUAAGUUCACAUCCCACCACUCAGUGGUCUUUUUUCAAGAUAAUAUUUUUUGUAUUGGUCUCUCCUUUUUCUCAUUUUCUUUUCUGCUGGUCUUUUCACAGGUCACUCCAAAGAGCUCUUCUGAACAUCUUAUGGGGUUUUUUCCCCCCUGAGAGAACAUUUGCAGAAUGUUCUCUCAGGUUUUGCUUUUUACCUUGUUGCAUUGCUCAAAAAAAAAAGCAAAAGACACUGGUGGUCGGCGCUCCUGGUUCCCAGGACGGGGUUCAAGCCCCUGUGGUGUCCAUGCUAACUUCCAGUGCAACAAUCAUGCCCCUCUUUUUUUUCCCUAUAGCCCUCACUUCCCAAUGUAUUAGCAUGGGAGGGUUUUUGGAUAGUGAUUUCAGUGAAUAAGCUUGGUUCUGAACUCCGCCAAGGCAUCUAAGGACCAAUUCAAGCAACAUUUGCACUGUGCCUGCUGCUCUAAUGAUGCUUCCUGAUUCAUCACUGGCUAGAUCAUGUGGGUGCUUCCUAUCCUAGCAUCCCAGGUAUGUAUGCAUGUAUGCAUGUUUGUACCGUAUUUUUCGCACCAUUAGACGCACCGCCCCAGAGGACGCACCUAGUUUUUAUGGGGGGGAAAUAAAGAAAAAAAAAUUAUUUCCCCCCCCCAGGCGCGGGGGAAGCCCGAGCUUCCCCCGACCCCAGCCCCCAGAACAGCCUGCUAUCCGCAAGCCUAGGGAGACGCGCCCCAGGCUUCCGAAUGCAGGCAGCUCUGCGCGACCCUUUGGAGCCCGGCGCUUGCUGCUGCUGUCAUGCACGCAUGCCAUCAAUCAGUCAGAUUGUUUGUAGCCAAUGACGUUAGGAUACGAAACACCAACUGGGUUGGGCAUAGGGGCAAUCCUUUGUCGUGGAUGGAGAGGAGGUUGUAGUCUCUGCCUGCCCCUCCAAAUGUUGGGGUAUCCCAUUAAAGGGAUCCAGGGGGAGUAGUCAUGUCUGAGCGCCCAGGUGGGGCAAGGGCCAAAGGCACUCCCCCACAUGGUGGUCCCUGCGGAGGUCACCCUAUUGGAUGCAAGUCUUCAGAACCUCCGCCUGGAUUGACCUACGCAUCACUUUCGGUGGGUGGGCUGGAAGUAUUUUGAUUGCCCCAUGACCAAGCCAAACCUCUUUCAUCUGUAUUCAAUGAAGUUGUGGCCUGUUUUGAUCCAAACCCGUCUUAGUGGUCUUUUAUUUAUCUGGGCUGGGGACUGGGGAGCGUGGCACCUGGACCUGCAAGUGAGUUAAACCAUAUCUAUUGUACGGUGUACGCUCAGGUUGCGAAUGUGAUCCAUGCGGGAAGCACGUUCAAAACCUGCAGCGUCCGCAACCCACAGCGCCAUGUCUGCGAACACGCGGGUUGCAAUUCGGCACUUCUGCGCAUGCGCAAAGUGCGAUUUAGUGCUUCUGUAACCCGUUCCAGUACGUCCGGGUUCGGCAUGGUGCUCAACCCGAAAUUGUGCAACCUGAAGCGUCUGUAACCCGAGGUAUGACUGUAUCUAUUUUCACCCCUGUGAAUUAUCAAAACUUCCUCAAAUCAUGUAAAUUAACAAAUCCCCUUGGCCGUUGACACUGGGGUCGAAAAUAUAGCCUGUGAGUUUUUCACUGUGGGCAGGAGAGAAAGAGAGAGAGAGAGAGAGAGAGAGAGAGAGAGAGAGAGAGGGGUGCUGCUGCUGCUACAGCAGCAGCAACAACAACGAAGUCCUGUGUAUCCAUGUGAGUACAUGAAGGCAAGAGGCCAGCAGGAACACAUUGAGUAGCUGUGGAGAAGUCCCAAGCCCUGGGUUCCUGAGAGAGAGGCCAUGACAAGUCUCAGGACGCUGGCUUAGUGAAGUGGCAACUUCUCCUCCUCAUUUUCAGGGCUAUAGAAAGAGAAAGUAUUAACAAGAUCCAGUAGCAGGGAAGGUGUUGAUCCUUUCUCUAAGCAGGUGGAGUCAGGUUUCCCCUCUUUCCUGUGACCCUUGGAGAUACUGCUAUAUCACUCCCUCAAACGAAAAGUUCUUGAAGUCGGCAUUAGCCAUACCCAAGCUUCACGCACACUUGUAUAAAUUGGAAGGAGCGUUACUGAAGUCAGUGUGGAAUGUUAACUCUAAUCUUGCUGAUAAACCUGAGCGAAACCGGUUUGGAGAUUGACUCUUUCAGUCAGUUUUGCAAGAGCAGCCAAAACGGUUUCAACAAGGUUACUUACGUAGCAGAAUAGAGCUCCUCCUAAUAUACCCUGUAGUGUUAUAAUACCAAUUUUUACUUCAUGUGCUUGACACCACAUAUUUUAGCUGGGUCCAGGCAAUUCUAACUCCGGCUGACAUGCUUUCAGAGCACACCGUCAACCUUUUCCUUGCUUUAAAGGUGCGGUCAGCAUGUGCAGUCACUCUGGUGUUCGAGAGGCAAUAUAUCGCUCCCCUGAAACUGCAGCAAAACUCCAGUUUGAAAUGUGGCAGUUGUUAGACCUAAGUUCUUUGGGAAUCACUGUGAGCUUAGGCCUAAUGUGAAAUAGGGUGAAAGGCCAAUCCUAAAAGUACUCCACAAAAUGGUAAAAUCAACUGAGUCUUAAUGUUAUUUAUUUAUUGAAAAAGGAGUGUGUGUCAGCCCUGCAGGGACAGGGAGAAAUUCAGUUCAGUUGGCUUAAUUCCUACUUACCCAAACAAUGUUCAAACCAUGAGAGUCAUACUGAUUUUUUUUGAUGCAGUUGUCUGUCCCACCCUAAAUAUGUACAAUGACGCAUCUUUUAAGGGAAAGUAUGCAUAAAGAGAAAUAUAUUGGUGAAAACAAGCAGAAAAAAUUCAUUGUGUUUUGGAAAAUCGCUUGCAAAAACCUGUCUGUCAGUAGAAAAAUGCUGAUGGUUUUUUGUGAGGACUUCAAAAUAUUUUUGACUGAGGUAACCAAGUGCCAUACAACCAUAGAUUUGUAGAGUCGGAAGAGACCCAAGGGUCAUCUAGUCUAACCCCAUGCAAUGCAGGAAUCUCAGCUAAAGCAUCCAUGACAGAUGGCCAUCCAGUGUCCACCACCUCUCAUGGGAGUCCGUUCCGCUGUCAAACAGCUCUUACUGUCAGAAAGUUCUUCCUGAUAUUUAGUUCAAAUCUCCUUUCUUGUAACUUGAAGCCAUUGGUUCGAGUCCUACCCUCCAGAGCAGGAGAAAACAUGCUUGUUCCCUCUUCCAUGUGACUGCUCUUGAGAUAUUUGAAAUUGGCUAUCUCCUCUCAGUCUCCUCUUUUCUCGGCUAAACAGAUCCAGCUCCCUCAACCAUUCCUCAUAAGGCUUGGUUUUCAGACCCUUUAUAAUUUGGGUCGCCUUCCUCUACGCACGUUUGAGCUUUAUGACCUUGGACAUGAUUUUAAUGAAUCAAAUUGCACACUCAAAAUUUGUUCAGCCGCGUGAAAUUAAUCAUGCCAGCUGAACCCCAAAAGUGAAAGAUCUAAGCAUGCCUAAUAACCAGAUAAGCUUUAGGAGGUGAAACAGGCUUCUGUAGGGAAGACAGCUUCUGUUGCCAGGAUACAUUCACUAAUUGUGCAUGCAUGAAAUCUGAAAACUGAUGAUCUUGGGUUUCAUUUGAAAGACACUCCACUAGUUCUCAUGGAGGCCCUGUUAAAAACGGGUGAGUAGAAUCUGAGGAAAUCCCAGAAGCCAUAGGAAACAUUCCGGAAUCUCCCAGUCAACACCACUUCUGUGGUUAAUGAUUAUUGCUUAUCUAGCACCAUCUGCUUUACAGCAUGCAAUGCACAAAAUAGACAAUUGUUUGCCACAUUGAGCUUCCAGUCUCAACAACUGCUCACAUACACCCACUACAAAUGCCUCCCUCUCCCUUCUUGCAUUCUGGCACCUCCAUUCUCCAUUUUGGGGUUUUGUUUUUCUUAAAAAAAAUUACUUGAAAUUUGAACCACCCCCCAAAAAAGUACACAAAAUAUUUUUGGUUUGCAGAGUUUAUUCUCAACUCAGAACAGGGUUUCCUUGGCAAACAACUGAUUUCUCUUUGGUGGUAACUUCCUUCUGAAGUGAAUGUCUUGUUCAAGUAUUCGGCUGCAGGCAUACACCUCUAUGACGGCAAAUCCGAAGGAAAAUUUCUUCCCAUUUGUAGGCAGCUGGUUACCAUAUUCCACUGAAAACAAUCCUUCAAGCAACAUGAAUGGUGUAGUUUGCCUGAAAACCUUAUAUGCCUUUCUUUCUUUCUUUCUUUCUUUCUUUCUUUCUUUCUUUCUGCAAUAAAAAUACUCUCCAUGUAGUUUAAUGUCUGUGGCCUGUAAAAUAAUCUUUCCGAAACUUCUUUGAAAGCAGAACCUGGUGAUCCAAAACAUGCUUUUAUUGAGAGGAUGGAAUUCCUUCAACAAUCCACAGAAUGCUCAGCCUUCAGGCAAAUAUGCUGUGGGUGAGUGUUUCGUUUCACAUUUCUGACAAAAAGAGACAGCGCUUUCUACCAAUAAUCUGAACCAGAGAGGCGGGAGAGACGCUUGCGUUUCCAAAGUGCUCCUGAUUUGGGAAUGGGGUGGGGGGUUGAUUUUCCUUUCCCCUGUAUCGUAGGAUUCUCACUAAGAUUGAAACUGGCUUGGGGACUCAAGUAUUGACUAAGGCUGUUCCAGGGUGUGAGGUGCAGGUGGAAGUGAGGGAAACAGAGAAUCGGCAAAAGAGUUGCAUUCCCAAUGGACUUCCAUGUAGGAUUUCAUGCAGGUUGGCAUUGAAUGCUGUUGACCUUCUGCCUUUUGCUGUUCUCCAGAUGAAAUUAGCAGUGGGGACUGCACCAGGCAUUUUGGAUGACGUAUUUCCACGUCGUCUUUUUACAGGGGCGGCUAAUCGGGCAAAUAUUUGUGUUGCAGCACGAGGCUAAUGGUCAUGAUGCCGGGCUGAUGAGAGAUCAGGGGAGGGAAGACUGGGACAUUUCUUUUUAUAUAUAUAAAUGCAACAACAGCAACAACAACAACAACAGUAAUGUGAGGUAUCAAUUCUCAUGGAUCCCGGAAGCAAUGGAUGGAUUGGAGCCUAAAGGACAAAGCCUUCCGAGCCUGGCAGUCGGGAAAGAGCCAGUUGGGGAUGACGUCUUUAGGAUCUGGAUGCAAAUGUUAAUGGAAUUGCUGGCCCAGUAA